GGGUGAUAGGUCUCGAACGAGUGUGGUAUUUUAAAGGUCGGCCACAUUGAGUUGAGGCGGCCCUUUUCACUCCUUUUUCCUCGCUCGUAUUCAAUCUAGGGUUUUAGGUUUCCGACUUCUCUUCCUCUCUCCCUUCUCUCCGCACCUCUUUUUGCUCAGUAUCCUCAAUGAGCAACAACAAGGAUAACUUCAACGUCUCGGAUCUCGGUUCUGCUCUUAAUGAGGAGGAUCGAGCAGGCCUCGUCAACGCUCUUAAGAAUAAGAUACAGAGUCUCGCUGGACAGCAUUCCGAUGUCCUCGAGAAUUUAUCACCUGUUGUUCGUAAGCGCGUUGAGGUGCUAAGAGAGAUCCAGAGCCAACAUGACGAAUUAGAAGCAAAAUUUUUUGAGGAAAGGUUGGCGCUUGAGGCUAAAUAUCAGAAAUUGUAUCAGCCACUAUACUCUCAGCGAUUCAACAUUGUAAAUGGUGUUGUUGAAGCAGAAGGAGUUCCAAAAGAAUCUGCCGCAGAGGACAAGGAUGCAGCAGAGAAAGGUGUCCCCGAUUUUUGGCUUACUGCUAUGAAGAAUAAUGAAGUAUUAGCUGAGGAGAUUACCGAGCGUGAUGAAGGAGCUCUCAAAUACUUGAAAGAUAUCAAGUGGGGUAGAAUAGACAAUCCCAAAGGAUUCAAGCUUGAGUUCUAUUUUGAAACUAAUCCCUUCUUUAAGAAUUCAGUCUUGACAAAGACAUACCACAUGAUCGACGAAGAUGAACCAAUUCUUGAGAAAGCAAUUGGAACUGAGAUUGAAUGGUAUCCAGGAAAAUGCCUUACUCAGAAACUACUUAAGAAGAAGCCUAAAAAGGGAUCGAAGAAUGCCAAGCCAAUCACCAAGACUGAAAAUUGUGAAAGUUUCUUCAACUUUUUUAGUCCACCUCAAGUACCCGAUGAUGAUGAAGAUAUCGAUGAGGAUACUGCUGAGGAGCUUCAAAAUCAAAUGGAGCAAGAUUAUGAUAUUGGGUCAACCAUUCGGGACAAGAUUAUUCCGCAUGCUGUCUCAUGGUUUACAGGGGAGGCUAUUCAAGAUGAGGAAUUUGAGGACAUGGACAAUGAGGAUGAAGAUGACGAAGACAAUGAUGAUGAAGAGGAUGAAGACGAGGAUGAGGAUGAUGAGGAUGACGAGGAUGAAGAUGAUGAGGAUGAAGAUGAAGGGAAGUCCAGGAAAAAGCCAUCAGCUGGGAACAAGAAGGGUGGAAGAGCAGCGGCUGGAGAUGGACAGCAGGGGGAGAGGCCUCCGGAAUGCAAGCAGCAGUAGAAAUGAAUUUGAUUGGUCGGUGGGACUGUCUUGUGUCUUUUGAUGGUCCGCUGUACAAGUAAUUUUUGGUUGGAACGAGUGAGAGGGGGGGGAAGGGGCCAAGGGGGAACGGGUCUGCAGUUUUUUUAUGGGUUCUCUAUUUGUCUAUGAUUUUCACUUCAAAUUUUUCUUCCAUGUAUUUUGGUACUAAAAGGGGAUUUAGGAUAGGAGUCCAUUCCCUUUCCUUUAUGAUUAUUAUUAUUAUUUUUUCUUCAAUUUGUCGCUGGCUUGUGAAGAGGAAUGGGUUUUUGCUCUGCUGCGUUGUCUGUUGGGGAAGUUGGGAUUAGUUUCUAUGUGAAGUUAUAUUUAUUGAGCUUGUUUACUACAAGAUGUUGCUUUUAUUUUAUAUAUUGAGAUCCCUUCUUAGUAUC